AUGACCCUCUCCAGCGUCUUGGAAUUGAUUGCAGAAAAUCAAAACUACUUCCCCGCCGGCGCUGGGAGUAGAUACCGCAAGAACUUGAACAUUCUCUUGAGUCGUCUUCGGAGUAGAACCCCUGAAACAGGGUUCGCUCUUGAAUACGUGGGCACUCCAAAACAGUGGCCACGGGUGGAGGCUAUUGCAACCAAAACUUACUUUGCUAAAGGAGAAGUUAAGCUUGCAAAAUCAGAAAGUACACUCUAUGGACUGGUUCAGUGUGCCUCGGAUAUUUCUCCAGCUGAUUGCAAGACUUGCAUGGGUGAGUUGAUGGCCCGGAUUCCUGACUAUACUGGGAAAGGAGGGCAAUUCCUCAGUGCUACUUGCACCUUGCAGUACGAGUUCUAUAGGUUCUUCAACGCUUAA